GUGAACAAUAACAUUUAAGCGCUGCGGAACUGCUGUGGAAUUAAGUUUAGAAUCUCUUCCAACAUAUUAUUUGGCGCAGGCGCUGAUACAUAUGAAGGUUUGGCACAGCGAAGCUCUGUUUAAAGGCCUUCAAGGUAUCUGAGCUCUCUGUGCAGAAGUUGCUCAUUUUGGGGAGGUUGGCUAGCCAGGCAAGCUAACUUGCCUAGUAAGCGAUGAUGGGGGAUUCUCUGGGUCUGGUCGGCAAACGGCUGCUGCUUCUCUUCAGGGAUGGGGAUCGCGCAGCUGAAACCAAGCCGGCCCAGUCUCUACGGACCCGUGACUGGCUCCGGGGGACAGUCCGAGCGGUCAGCGUAAUUGGGUUGGCCAGUCCGGGGGUGGAGGUGUUUGUGGAGUUUGAGGAGUGCUCGUGGCGGCAGCGGUCAUGGGUGCAGGUGUACGGCGAGGACGUCAGCGCCGUUCUGGUGGAGAACACCAUGGUGUGGGCCGCUCACAGUAAUCCCACCCUACCAGGAGGGGGCGCUACACCAGGCCCAGCAUGGCCAGCGCUGUCAUUCAGGCCUCUGGUGGACCAUGUGGGCUUGGGAUCCCUGGUUCCUGUGGAGUCGUUCCUGGAUCAAAGCCUUCAUUUCCUCCCUGAUGGAGACUCGCUGCAGAGAUUUGAGGUGGAGAAGGACAUGGGACACUCCCUCCUGCAAGAGCGGCCCUCCCUCCAGGCCGCUGUGCGGGCAUGGCACAGAGACUCCGAGCUGCAGGAGAUCCUGAGGAGAGGGUCCUACACGAUCCAGGGCCGCAGGGUGAGGGUGUACCAGCUGGAGUUCGAGGAACCCUGGGCGGUGGGCCUGGUAUCACAGCACGACCCCGUCUCCCACAUCAUGGAGGUCACUAUCGAUCAGAGUGAGGAGGUGCAGGUUGUAGACCCUCGCGUCAUCCAUGUGAUGCUGGCUGAAGAUCUGCCUGAGGAGGUGGGGAAGGUGUGCAGGGGUCAGAAGGAGAGCGACGUGGGGAAGGGGGAGAAUGGCCGCCGCCGCAGGAACGCCUCGGAGGGGGACGGAGACGUGGCGCUGAAGCGACCCAAAGGCGGGGGCGAGGGUGACGUCGAGGACAAGAACGGGGGCGGGGUCAGCGCCGGGACAGAGGAGGGCGUGACAACGUGGGCCGGAGGAGGAGGAGGGAGCUCCAAGCCAGCCAUCCAGGCCACAACAGGAUUCCAGCUGCCAAAGGCCCAGCCCCUGAGCACACCGGUUUUCGGAGAGGGGCGCUCUCAGACCCCCUCACAGUCCAACGGGGCGCCGGGCCCAGACAGCAGGCCGUUCGGAUUCGGGUUUGGUUGCAAGGAGGAGCCGGCCCCCGACACACAGUCCUCCCAGAACCUGUUCUUCCAGUGUAUGGCCUCCGGGGGGCAGACGUCAGGCACAAACUUCUUUCCGGUCGUAUCGGAGCGCGUCGGGAAGGACCCGCCUGGCCUUGUCAAGCCCCCCGCCCCGUCGGAGACCCUGAAGAAGCAGAUCCCGACCUCUGCGGCAGGGGGGCUGUUUGGGCGCCCGCUUACCCUGGCCUCCGACCCCAAAGAGCAAUGCAAAACACAGGACCCUCAACCCCCCGGCAACGGGGCGGUGAUGAGUAAGCCUUUCGGAGGGGACGCCAUGCCGAAGCUGUCCCCCGCCUUCCCAGCAGGCCUCAGUGGCAGCACCGGGCUGGGCUCUGGGGCCCUGAGAGGCUCCGGUCUGGGCGUGGGGGCUGGUGGAGGCGCAGCAGGGGGGCUGGGACUGCUGUCCGGGGCAAAGCCUUCGGAGCCCCACGAAAACCUCUUCCUGCAGGCCCCCAAAUCCGAGGAGGCCAGCAACCCCUUCCUGGUCUUCAGCGAGAGGGUUUCUCACAGCCCUUUCGGCGGGCGGGCCGCCCCGCAGCCCCCUUCCUCUUCCUCGGCCGCCUCCUUCUCCCUCACAGCCUCUGGCCCUGUCGCCACUGGGACGGACUCUGCCCGUGCCCCGGCAGAGAGUCAGCACAACCUGUUCUCCAUGACGGAGCCGCCCAAGAGCCUCCUGCCCUCCCCGUUCUCCGCGCUGUCCGCUGCCUCCGGUUCGUCCCCUUCCCCGGGUGCCACUGCCUCCAAACCCGCCCCCCAGCCUGGGGCCCCAGAGGUGCCACCCGCUACCCCUCCGUCCAUGGAGCUGCCCGGCACAGGGAAGGAGAGGGUUGGGGUGGCGGCGUCAGCGGAGGGGGUUGGCGGCACUAGAGAGGGGGGGUCUGCAGUGCAGCAGGCGCCCCCUCCAUCUGGUUUCUCCGCCCUGUUCGGUGGAGCCGGCGGUGCAGCGGGGGCCAGGGACGCCCCCCUGUUUGAGCCGGCACCUCAGAAGUUCCAGCUGGACGAGCGCGGCCUCUCCAGCAAGCAGGACUCCGACUCCAGCACCAACAGCGACCUGUCAGACCUGAGUGAGGCCGAGGACGGGCCAGGCAGCAGCGGGAUCCCGGAGACGCUGGGCGCUGGAGGGGAUGGGGCCCUGCUCCUGGACAAGAGCAAGGCAGCGAGUAAGAGCCGGCCUCGAAACAAGCCCUUCAGAGUGGGGCAGUCAGUGCUGAAGGACCAGUCGAAGGUCCGCAGGUUGAAGCAGUCGGGCGAGUCCUUCCUGCAGGAUGGCUCCUGCAUCAACGUGGCUCCUCACCUGCACAAGUGCCGCGAGUGCCGGCUGGAGCGCUACCGCAAGUUCCGCGAGCAGGACUCUGACGAGGACGACUCCACCGUGGCCUGCCGCUUCUUCCACUUCCGCAGACUGGCCUUCACGCGUAAGGGCGUGUUGCGGGUGGAGGGCUUCCUCAGCCCCCAACAGAGCGACCCACAGGCUGUGGGCUUGUGGCUGCCCUCCCACACUGGCCAGGAGGGCCUGGACCUCGACACCUCCAAGUACAUCCUGGCCAACGUGGGCGACCACUUCUGCCAGCUCGUCAUGUCUGAGAAGGAGGCCAUGAUGAUGGUGGAGCCUCACCAGAAGGUGGCGUGGAAGCGGGCGGUGCGGGGCAUCAGGGAGAUGUGUGACGUGUGCGAGACCACGCUCUUCAACAUCCACUGGGUGUGUCGCAAGUGCGGCUUUGGCGUCUGCCUGGACUGCUACCGGCUGCGCAAGAGCCGCCCAGUGGACGUGGUAGAUGACAACCCGGAUGAGGAAGUCUUCUCCUGGCUAAAGUGUGCCAAGGGCCAGCCCCACGAGCCCCAGAACCUCAUGCCCACUCAGAUCAUCCCUGGCACGGCACUCUACAGCAUUGGGGACAUGGUGCAUGCUGCACGGGGGAAGUGGGGCAUCAAGGCCAACUGCCCAUGUGCCAGCCGACACACCAAGCCCCUGGUGCGUCCCGCUGCCCCAAAUGGACUCUCACAGUCUGGGGUAAACGCCAGCAGCGGUGGGGGGGGCACAGCGGGUGCGAGCACACCCAAGGCCGAGGGGGACGCCACAGCCUCCAAAACGGAGCCCUCUCUGGACGGCGGAGGCGCAACCGUGACGGGCGCCCGCGAUGCGGACGGCGCGGAAACGCCCGUCGCUCCCCACGCGGCCAAGGAGCCCCGCCCCUCCGGGCCCGAGAACGCCUCCUCGUCCGCUCUGCAUUGGCUGGCCGAUCUCGCUACACAGAAGGCCAAAGAAGAGGUCAAAGCUCCUCCUCUAGCAGAAGCGGGGUCCCUCCGCUCGGUGAUCGCCCAGGACUCUCGCUCCCCCUUCGGCCUGGAGUCCUUCAGCUCGCUGUCCAAGCCCUCGUCCUCCUCCAGCCCCAAGCUCUUCAACAGCCUGCUCCUGGGCUCCAGCUCCUCCCAGCCCAAGGGGGAGGGCUCUAGCCUGAGGGACCUGCUCAACUCCGGACCUGGGAAGCUCCCGCAGGGCCCCACCGACACCAGCGUCCCCUUCCCCUCCGUCUUCUCCACGGUGUCAACGACGGCCGACAAGGCGAAAGGCAGCCUGCCCAACUUCCUGGACCACAUCAUCGCGUCCGUGGUGGAGACGAAGAAGACGGAGGCCCGCCGGGGGGGAGGGGGAGGUGGAGGUGCGGGGACGGGGGUGGGGGCAGAGUCGGGCGAGGCGGGGGGCGUGGGCCGGCGGGACGGGGUGAUGGGCCUGAGCGUGCUGGACCCCCACACCUCCCACUCCUGGCUGUGUGACGGGCGGCUCCUCUGCCUGCAGGACCCCAGCAACAGCAACAACUGGAAGAUCUUCCGCGAGUGCUGGAAGCAGGGCCAGCCCGUGUUGGUGGCGGGAGUUCACAAGAAGCUGAAGGGGUGUCUGUGGCAACCCGAGGCCUUCAGCCAGGAGUUUGGCGACCAGGAUGUGGAUCUGGUGAACUGCAGGACCUGCGCCAUAAUCUCUGACGUCAAGGUCCGGGACUUCUGGGAUGGCUUCGAGGUCAUCUCCAAGCGUCUUCAGGGCGGGGAUGGGCAGCCCAUGGUUCUGAAGCUGAAAGACUGGCCCCCAGGGGAGGACUUUAGAGACAUGAUGCCCACAAGGUUUGAUGACCUCAUGGAGAACCUGCCCCUCCCAGAGUAUACUAAGAGGGACGGCCGUCUCAACCUGGCCUCCCGACUGCCCAACUUUUUUGUGCGCCCCGACCUGGGUCCCAAGAUGUACAAUGCUUAUGGGCUGAUCUCCACGGAGGACAGGAAGGUGGGCACAACCAACCUGCACCUGGAUGUGUCGGACGCCGUGAACGUUAUGGUGUAUGUGGGCGUCCCUGAGGAUGAGGGCGACCAAGAGAAGGAAGCAGAAAUCUCUGGAUUUAAAGAGGUGAUGCAGACCAUCGAGGAGGGCGACGUGGACGAGAUGACGAAGCGGAGGGUGUACGAGGCCAAGGAGAAGCCCGGCGCCCUGUGGCACAUCUACGCGGCCAAGGACGCGGAGAAGAUCCGUGAGCUGCUCCGAAAGGUAGGGGAGGAGCAAGGCCAGGAGAACCCCCCGGACCACGACCCCAUCCACGACCAGAGCUGGUACCUGGACCAGGUGCUACGCCGCAGGCUGCUGGAGGAGUAUGGGGUGCAGGGCUGGUCCAUUGUGCAGUUCCUCGGGGACGCCGUCUUCAUCCCUGCGGGGGCGCCACACCAGGUUCACAACCUGUACAGCUGCAUCAAGGUGGCUGAGGACUUUGUGUCCCCAGAACAUAUUAAACACUGCUUUAGACUGACCCAGGAGUUCAGACAUCUGUCCACCACACACACCAAUCAUGAGGACAAGCUACAGGUGAAGAACAUCAUAUACCACGCCGUGAAGGAUGCAGUCGGAACACUGAAGGCCCAUGAGUCCAAGCUCUCACGAUAGCUCUCCAUGCCCACCGUCGUCGCCUCCACGCCAAGCCACUGCGGGGAAACAUUAAUGUGCCGUUAACCUGACGUUAGCAUGACGUUAACCCCGUGUCACAUUGCGGUGGUAGAGGGAGAGCCUGGGACAGUUUGGGACACGCUCAUCGACGCUUACCGCGAGGCUGCACUCGGCUACUCACUAGACUGAAGAAAGAACUUUGUCAGUGUUACACUAAACCGCUAAAACACAUUUUUUUUUCACAACAGCAGUUUUUUUUGGUUUUUUGUUUUUUCGUUUUUAUUUAAAGUCAGCCUUAUUGGUUUGUGUUUUUUUCUGGAAGGUUCUGGAUGAAAGCAGGUGAAUGUGCCUUUAAGGUGGGAGCUCAUUGGGAAUGCGUUUUCUCUCGUUUUGAAUACAUAAGAGCCUCAUCCACGCCUUUUUUAUCAUUUUACCUCUUUUAUCAACACCUCCACCCCAAUUGAAGAGCACUUUACCUGAUUGCGUUUUUCCAUGGACAUGUACUGAGAAUCUCAAUCCGAUCCCCCCAGCUUUUCUCGCAGUGAAGCAUCACAUGACUGCAGUAAGGGAAAUAGACCAAAGUUCUGUAUUUUGUUGUUCUCUUUCGAGCUGAAGUGUGGAAUUUGCCUUUUUUUUGUUUCUGGUUUUGUUUCGGAACACAAAGCUAGUAAUAUGGAAAAAAUAAUCCAUUUUAGAUCUUGUCUUUUUUUCUGCCACCCUCUGUC